AUGGCCAACUUCCCAACUUGGACAUCCACAUCAACUGGCAGCGAUGUGGCAGCCACGUUCUCGUCCCGAAUCCAGGGCAAGACCGUCCUCAUCGUCGGUGUGUCACCCAACUCUCUCGGCGAAGCAACAGCGGCCGCAUAUGCAGCACAUUCUCCAGCAUUAUUGAUUCUGGCUUCUCGAUCGCUGUCAAAUGCGAAGGCCGUAGCAGAAAGCAUAUCCACCCACUGCAAAGUUGAAUGCGUCCCAGUCGACCUCUCAGACUAUGCUUCUGUGCGAGACGCGGCUUCCCAGAUCCGAUCUCUCACCUCACAUAUCGACAUAUUGAUCAACAACGCGGCUGUAGUCAAAGACGAACACACCCUAUCGCCCACAGCGCAGCAUGAACUUCAGUUGGCGACCACCUUCCUUGGGCCUUUCCUCCUCACCAACCUCAUUAUGCCUCUACUACUCAACUCCGCCCAGACAAACGCUUCAGAAUCAGGUAUACCCACUCGCAUAGUCAACGUCACCUCCGCAGGACACGUCCUCUCACCUGUCCGCUUUUCAGAUCCACACUUCCAUCGUCCGCUCUCCGACCUCCCCGAGUCUGAGCAGCCUGCAGCGCACCUGCCAGCAUCUCUGCUUCCAGGCGAAGGCAAGACGUAUGCACCAUUUCUUGCGUACGGACAGUCGAAGACGGCGAACAUACUCUUCAGCAUUGCCCUGAACAAGCGGCUUCUUGAGAAAGGAACAAGAAUAGCUAGUCUAGCUGUGCAUCCGGGCAGUGUACAGACAAACCUCUCGAGGAGUCUAGGCCCGGAGAGCCGGGCAAUGGUGGAAGGGACCACCAAGGCUACCGGCUGGAUGGAUAUGGGGCAAGGCAGUGUUGGAAUGCUCGUCGCUGGAUUGGAUCCAAGACUUGUAGAGGAAGUCGAGGCAGGGAAGCCAAAGUUGAGUGAUGGCGGUAAAGGGGUAUACCUGAACGGAUGGAGAGUUCAUACCGAAGGUCUUGCGAAGCAUGCGGCUGAUGAAGACGCCGCUGAGAGAUUAUGGGCAUUAGCAGGACGGGAGACCGGCGUGAAGUGCGACGGCCUUGGUAGCGUAGUGGACAUCAUUGACUCCCAAGGCCAAAAUGAGGAAGUGGUAGGGAAGGAAUCGGGUCUGGUGAGCACCGUGAAGGAGAUCAAGAUAUGA